GGGAUCAAUCACGAGCUUUCACGUGCGGCCUGCCGUGAAAAAUUUAAGUCCUGCAGGCCUCUUGAAAGAGUAUAUUGCAGUUGUCACCGCUGUCUUUUCAAAUCAACCAAUCGGUUACCAGUUCAAGCUAUGAUACACCAUCUCAAGACAAUGGUCUGUCCCAUACUCUUUGUCAUGGGUUUUUGGACAUUGGCUAUAGCUAUGGAUGGGCUCACAAAAGGAACACAAAUCAAUACUUGUGUUCAACCAACGCUUACGCUUCGCAAGAUGAUCCAUCAUCAAGGCGUCUACAAAGCUGGGCAACUUCAAGGUCAAUUUGCACAGGACACUUGUGCCGAGAAAUGCGAGACCGAAAUGGCCCGCUAUCACGAUUCUCGUGUUUCAGCUCAUUCCAGCGCAGACAUUUGUCAUGCUGGUGAAAACAUCUGCUAUUGUGUGAAUGGGGCUUACCAUUCACAGAUGGCUGAAGAAACACCAAAGGCUGAAGAACCUGGCAUUGAUAAUAUCGCAGGUCCUUCUUUCUUGGGAUUCAUGCCAUAUGGCAUUCCAUAUUGGGCCUAUCAUGUCACUGAUCCCGGUAGAAUGACUAACGCAAAUCCCAUCACAGUUGGAAUGCUCGAUCGAGCAAAAUUGCGCAUCUCAAACAAAGCCAAGUCCAAGCAACAGCUACAAUCAAUACAGUGCCAAUGUUUCAUGCAAGUUCAAUACCUCAAAAUGCGCAUUCAGGGCUUCAACUUAGGGUCGCAGCUGGACGAAGCUGAAGGUACCUGUGGACCUAGCGCAAUAGCAAAAAGACACGAAAUCGAUAGCUGGCAAUCGCUUCAACCUCUCGAUUCAAUGUCUGGACUGCCAAUAUUCCCGUGUAACAACCCCAUCAACGAUCAGCGUUUUUGUUCCGGUGUGUUGCUCCCACAGUGCAAAUUGUAUCCAUCGUCAAUCAAUUUGGAAAUUCCAACGGCCUACAGCUAAGUCUUUCCUUUCAUUCGGAAGAUCUCCAUACUCAAAGUUGCUGGAUCUUAUUGCAACCUCUUUUCUGAACAGAAUCAACUUUUCGCUGUCGAGCUUUUUUAGCUACCACCCAAUUUAAUCAUAUGC